GUUGGAAACCCCGGUUCCACACAACACAAAUGGAGAAGGAGAGUCCAAACAAGGCGCCCGUCUCCUUGCCGGGAUGUGCUACAGUGGUAUUAGUCAUCUUGGUUGUGGCCUCGUUGUCUAUGUCAGCUGCGGCCAUGUGGGAAAUCUUUAAUCUCAAACAAGAGUUACGAGAUCAGGAAGUUGUUAUUCGUCAUUUGCAGGCUUCUCAGAAGCCAGAUACUGAGUCGGGAAUGGCAAAGCACCAACAAGAACAGGCAAAGCUCAAAGAAACGGCCCAAAUGCUCCUGUCUAAGGUACGUCAAUUGGAAAUUAGAAACCGUGUGGCUCGAGCUGUUCAAAGAUGUCGAUGUAAACAAGGUCCCCCAGGUCCGAGAGGUCCUAGAGGGCCAAGGGGUAAGAGGAGAAAAAGAGGCCGCAAAGGUCCAAAAGGCAAUCCGGGUCCAAAAGGAGAGCCAGGACUACCGGGGCCACCGGGACCCCGAGGAAGAUGCAGACCAAGAAGAGGUGGAAAAUGUAAACAAGGCCUAACCGCCAGAAGUACGACGAUGUUUACCGAAUCAGCGCACAUUGAAGGUCAUGGCGGAGAGAUACAUCCCCAGACAGGUAGUGAAAAAUUUCAUCGUAUAACAAACUGGAGAAAAGGCCACAUCAAUGGUAAAAUGCGUUUCGUUGAUCAAGGCAUUCUUAUCAUCGGGGUUUCUGGCUACUACUACGUCUAUUCACAGAUUUUUUACUACUCUGGCGAUGCUUUUUACAUGGCUCACUACCUCUAUAAAAACGAAGAACCGUUAAUGCGAAGUCUUUCCAGUGUGGCAGGGCCAAGACGAAAGUACAACACUAAUUAUAAUGGCGGUGUGUUUUUUCUGCAAGCCGGAGAUAGAAUCACUGUUCGCGUUCCUUUUAACAAAAUCCUCUACAUGAACCGCGAAACCAGUUAUUUUGGAGCCUUUUUGAUAUUUUCAUCAAGCAAUUUUACAGUUGAGGCUUCUCAACAGAGCAGAAGCUCAACACUCUCAACAAUUCAGCCUCAGUAAAUUAUUUAGAAAUAGCUGCAACGGAUGUAUGUACGGUUGGUAAUGCGGUGCCGGAGAAGAGUGCUCGCCUCUCACCAAGGCGACCUGGCUUCGAUUCCUGGACUCGGCAAAGUAUGUGAGUAGGGCUGCUCUUUUUGGGUUCUCCAGUUUUUCCUCCUUCCUCAAAAAUCAACUUCUAAAUUGCAAUUGGAAUCUAGUGGAACGAGACUUUUUUGUACACUGCGAGCAGUCCCACUUUUCACUCCAGACUUAGUAAAGACGAGUGUUUCAGUGCUGUUGACUCACACAGACACUGUAGCUGAAAGUGGACCACCCGCAGUCUAGGAACAAGAGCCACUCUGUGGAUCCACUGUUUACUCCCUUUUAUUCUUACUUUUAUUUUUUGAAAGGUUGCUUUUUGAUCCAUGCACAGCCAGUUCAUUGCUACAUUCAGGGGCAUAAAUCCAGGAUUUUAAAAUUGGGGUUGAAUAUUGUCUUUUAUUCCUUAUAUGGCAAAGAAUGCACAUACUGAUACCACUAGUAGCUCAACAAAGGCAAAAAAGGUGAAAAUAUGGUGUUUCGAAUUGACGGUGAUUAAAUUUGUGAGAUUCAAGUACUGAACCAAAUGAAAGUCUAUCGAGAUAAAAUGUUUUCAAUGAUAAAAACAUUUUUUAUCAUAGAAAAGGGAGAGGGAGUGGCUAGUCAACCACUCUCAUCACCCCUCUUACCACUACUGACAUUCAAUGAAUUCUCAAAUUUAUGGGAAGUAAUCUUUCUCCAUGGGGAAAAAUAACCAAUUUAUUCACCUUAUAAAGUGGAAUGAGAGAUAAGAGAUUAACCCUAUUGAGAAUAUCUUUUUAAAUCGAAUAAGGAUUUAGAAGUUGGUUUUUGCAGAGGAAGGAAAAAACUGGAGAACUUGGAGAAAACCCUUUGAAAGAUUUGCUGAGAAUUACUUCUUUCCCUAUCAAAGUUUUUAUAUUUCAUAUGCUAUGCAACAACAAGUGGGUUUUAAAAUGAAUAGAAAAUGGUAAUUAUUUUCAUCAGGCUAAUUACAGCAAGAUAGUACGAUAUGGCAAGUAGUAGAGCAAAGAAUACCAUCAUAAUAAAUGAAUGAAAAUUAACUGGCCUUAAAAUAAUGAGCUUAGAAUACCAAAUACUGCUUGGGCUAUUUAUAAUAAGUAUCUCAUCUUAAAAGUUUCAACUUAGAAUUUCUAAUUAAAAAAUUAUAAACACGC